AAGGUUUACUUCUCCAGUACCUUGAGGCAGAGUCAUCGAUUCUACGCUCAUCGUCCACUUUCUUACAUACAUCUGUUCAACCACUCAUUGACACAGAUAUCUAAUCAGACAGUCACACUGCAGGAAAUCCAUUUAGCCAUUUAGCCAUAAUUAAGGUGACCUACUGAAUUUCAAACUGAUCAUGAGAAUAGGGAAGAAUGAUGAUUUAAGUGACUUUAGAUGUGGCGUGGAGAUUAAAAUGAAAAUGCCAGAGCUCAGUGGAGAAUGGUCAGACUGCUUUGAGUUGAUAAGAAGACCACAAACUGAAAUAAUAACCACUAAUCAAGUGCACAACAUAUGUAACCUUGAAACAGAUGGGUUACACCAGCAGAAGACCACACUGGGUACCAAACCUGUCAGCUAAGACCAGGAAACUCAAACUAUAGGUAUCAUACACAACGAGAGCCAUUACAAAAGUAUUUCAUCAUAAAAUAAAACGAGGUUUUAAAUGAAAGAUAUUCAGCAAAAUUCACCUUGCUCUAAAGGGACUUAUCCCUCGAAGAAACACAACCAUAAAGAUGCCAGCAGUGAAGCUGCACUAACACAUACAUGGACAAUGAUACUGUCACACUGAAGUUCAGCUCAAAGUUGAAAAAGCUCAGGCAAGUGGUUUUUAAUUCAACAUGGACACAUGAACUUAAGUUUGGUACAGCUAGAGCCUUGCAGUAUUGUUACACACUACUACACACACUACACUAUGAUGAACUCAGCUACUGGUGCUCGUCUUCCUUUUUUAAGACUAUUGGCCUGAUUCAGAAGCUGAAGACCAAACUGAAAAAAAUGCCACUGCGUAUUUCUUCUACAAAUAAACCCACAUUUUGAGCCGAGAGAACUUGAAGGAGCUUUCAUUAUCCUCUAAUGCAACUGCUUAUGUGCAACUAGGAGUGCUAAGAUUAUCAAUCAGACAUGUAAAAUCGUUUAUUUCCAAGUGGUGGCGUAACUGCAGAGAACCUUUGAACCAUAAUGAUAAGUAGCUUAGAGGCUCAGUCAGAAGUAAAGCAACACUUGGUUAUUUCAUUCAUGUCCCAAGAGAGCUUAGAAGCAUGGUGAAGGAAACCAGACAGCACUGCAUUACGGUCAGAACGACGCAAACAUGUCUUCCUUGAUCUUGUGAUGGCUGUAUCAGUCCUCCAGCUGGUAAGUGUUCAAAAUGUUUCUCAAACACUCUUUUUUUACUUUUUUAUUUAGCAGUUCAGCUUCAUCCACUGGAAGUUCAUCUGCUAGCAGAUCUGCUGAGGGCGUGGCCAUAAGACAGCCCUGCAAAAGCCGCAUUCGUCGGAACACCCACCGCCUCUCAGGUGUCUUUCUCCGCACCCCCACCUCCACCUCAGGCUCCAUGGCACUGACUGCAGGACUCAAGUCAUCAUUGUCUGUCCACACCAGGAAGGGAAGCAUGAUCUCUGCAGAUGCUUUAAUUGCAGAAGACCCAUCUGAGCUGUCCAAUCAGAUAACUGCCCCAGGAAUCCUGAAGAUCUUUGGAAAUGAAAUCCUGGAAGGAGCUCACUAUAAAAGCGUCCUCGCCACCACGCACUCCAGUGCAAAAGAGCUCGUCAAAGAGGCCCUUGAACGGUAUGGCCUGAGAAAGGAGGAAGGGGAGUCCUACGUUCUCUGUGACACCAUUGGUUCCAUUAGUAAUCAUCCGUGGAGAACAGAAGGUUUCCGAGUACUGGGCGACCAUGAAAAACCCCUCCUCCUGCAGUCGCUGUGGAAACCCAGAGAUGGUUUGGCAAGACGAUUCGAAAUCCAGAAGAGAAGUUCAGUAGAGGAGAAGACAUCCAAAGAGAAGGAUACCAUCACUGCUGGUAUCAAUGCUCAGGCUCGUAAGCUGCAGAAGAGCCGCUCCAGAGUGACCUCCACCCUCAUAGAGAAAACCAUGAGCCGGAGCCAGAAACUGUGGAGGAGCAAAAGUGAGAUGGACCUCUUAGAGACCAAACACGACACAGAUCACGAAAAACGUGUCAAGGAUGAAAGCGAGUGCCCGAAUCAAACGUCAGUGCAAAGCUUUGAGCAUCCAGAACAGAAUCACAUUCACAGCCUUGCAGCUCCCUCAGAGGGGGCCAAAACAGAGAACCUCUAUCCGUCAAGGCCGAGAGGCGAGCAGGAAGUAGAGGAGUCGGAGAGGGAGGAGACAGAGAGCAGCGACGAUAACACCACACAGUACUCUAUUCACCCUCCUCACGACUGUCCAUACCUGCUACUGCUGCAGGGCUACAACCCCGCGCAGGACUUUGUCAUCUACCUCCUUGCCAGCCCAAAUAUUGUUGUUGGUCAACAAAGCGGUCACAAGGAAGGGUCAAAGGCUGAUAUCCUUCUCUUUGCCGCUGAUAUUCUUCCGAGACACUGCUACUUCCUUCGCCACAGCGCCGUUGCACCCACCGUUCUCUGCCCGUGUCAGGAUGCCGUGGUCACUAAGAAUGGAAAAGGGCUGAGAAAUGAGGAACCGCUUUGCUCUGGUGAUAUUAUUGGGUUGGGACAGCACUACUUGUUUCUUUUUAAAGACCCUCUAGCUUCAAUGCACAAGGAAGUGAUCAGUGAUGCUCUUGAACCCAGCCUGUCUGCCGCCUCCUGGACUCUAGGUCACACCACCUCUGCAACUACAAGCGAAAAGAUCCUCUGUAGCACCUGCAUCACCUACCAGAGCCCAAACUGCAAACAGCCCUUGAGCGGAGGGCCUCCAUUUCUAAAAUCACCUGAAGGCCACAGUCUGACUCUUAGCUAUGCAGCUGAAGACGAGGACAUUAUUGUGAAGGAGAUUGUUGCUAUGGGGAGCAGUAGCAGCAUCAGUGGUAGACCACCAUUGACUGUUGCAUUCCUGCUGUGCAUGUGUGUUCAGUAUUCGUCAGUUUGUCUUCAAACGUCAGACCUACGCAGGCUUCUGCUGCGUAUUGCAAGUGGAGUUCAGAGUGCCAUGUGGGAGCAGACCAAGGAGCUGGCUGCAGUUCAGCCUGAAGUUCUCAGGUGCGAAGGUUCAAACCCAGAAGACCCCACUCUUCUCUGCCUUCAAGAGCUGAUCCCUGGACUGCACCCCCUAGUGGUGUGGAUGUCAAACAGCCUGGAGCUGCUGCAGCUCAUUCAGCACCAGCUGCCUCUUAUUCUGGAGUGGAGAGCCCAAGAAGAGGAGGAACAAAAGGAGGAACCAGAGAGGGAAGAUGAUGAGAGCAAGGAAGUAAAGAACUUGGUAUUGUUAGAGCUUCUGAUGUCCUGCGUCCGUUCAGCCAGCGAAGAGACGAUAGCUGUCCUAGAGGAGGUCAUCAUGCUCGCCUUUCAGCAGUGUGUGUACUACUUCACUAAGGUCCUUUACCCAAUCCUGCCAGGACUUUUGGAUUGCAAUCCGUUCAGGGAAAAUUCUGACCUGAGUACAGCCAGUGAAAGCGCUCAGGUCCUGGGUAGCGGAGGACUGCAGGUCCCUGGGGAGAUCCAGCAGGUGGUGGAGGUUUUGACCGAGUGCCUGACACUAGUCUCCGACUGCCAGGUUCACCCGGAGAUUUCCUCUCAGCUCAUCAGCUACCUCUUCUACUUCAUCAAUGCAUCACUCUUCAACUCACUCAUGGAGAGAGGAUCUGAGCCAGGGUUCUAUCAGUGGUCCAGAGGUGUGCGAAUACGAGCCAAUCUUGACCUGCUCCUUGACUGGGCCCAUGCAGCCGGACUGGGAGAAUUAGCCUUGGAGCACACACACACACUCUCAUCGGCUGUCAAUCUGCUGGCAACGCCUAGAAAGAAUUUACUGCAGAAAACUUGGGUUUCUCUUCGCUUAGACUAUCCUGCCCUGAGUCCAGCCCAGCUGAACCAUCUUUUGAGUCUAUAUAGCCCAGCAUCGCCUUGUAGACACACCUGGACUCCUUCAGUGCAGGAACAAGCUGCAGCACGCCAAACAGCUAACAUUCUUGAGAGCUUUGACACCCACCAUCCACUGGUGCUGCCAGACGUGGGCUACCAGCUUCAACUGAGAAGAGCCGUAACAGAUUCAGCCCUGAGGAGAGAACUGGACAAGCUCAAAGAGUUUAUUUCCACCUUAAAUCUCUCAACUGCUGAAGACCACAAGGGUGAUGGGAUUCAAAUGGAGGCUAACCUGACUAAUGUGGCUAAUCUUCAAAACAGCAGUCUAGAAACUUUGAAUACAUUACAAGCUGAUUUGAACUUAUGGGAGCCUAGUGACCAAAAUCACCAGUCCCCUUCAAGUACCUUUGCUCCCUUACCACCUUCACCGCCACCACCGCCAUCACCGCCAUCACCGCCAACACCAUCACCCUUUCCUCUCUUCACCAGCUACCUGGAUGAGUUCAGCUCCUCUGGUGCCAAUAUUUUGUCCCGAAAGCUAAGAAAUCUAGAGCUGCAGACAAGAGAGACUGAGACCAGCGAGUCGAGGAGGUCAGUCCUGGACCCCUCCUGCCUCCUCACCCCACCUAACAGUCCCCUCAUACUAGGUCGAACUGAUCAGGUGAAGGAAGACCAAGACAAAUGGAUGAAGUCUGAUGAUGAGACACUUCCCUGGCUCUCUGGUGUAGAUGCACAUGAUGAAGGUGGAUUAGUGUAUCAGUGCUUAGCUGCUCUCAAAGUAGACCGCUUAAAGUCCGAUUGCAGCAAUAUGAAAACACUCGUAGAACUAAAAGAAGAAGAGGAGGAGCACGGAGAUGAAGAAGAAGCAGAUGAAGAGGUUUUUAGCCUGGAGCUGGAGCGAGGUGAAAGAGGGAUUGGUCUUGCUCUAAUAGACACAAGGGACACUUCUUUGAAGGCGAAGGGCAUCUUCAUUCGUGCAGUGGUCCCAGACUCUCCAGCUGCCCGGUGUGAGAAGCUGUUACCAGGAGACAGGAUCUUGGCUGUUAAUGGAAUCAGCCUUCUUGGACUGGACUACCAAAACGGGAGGGAGCUGAUCCAGUCGUCAGGGGCCAGACUGAGGUUACUCGUGUCCAGAUCAGACUGGAUGGCUAAGAUUAUACAGAAUGAGUGCUGACGCUACAUUUGCUGAGAGACUUGUGACACACCAUCAGCACUUAAAGAUGAUUCUGAGAGCUUUUGGAACUUUCAAGUUAAAGGAUAUGGACAAUUUAAAGAAAAUCUUCAAUCUUCUAUCAGGUUUUAGAUGUUUUGCAGCUUUUUAAUUUACAUCACAGUGGCAUCAUAGUCCUUUUUUGUGUGUGGUCAAGAUUACAUUAGUGUUAUCAUUUCCAUUGGUAGAAGACAAAACCUUUUCUCUCCAUGCUCUCUCCAACUACAACACCAUCACCACAAGAACAAGAAAGCUGAUGCAAUAACACACAUGGAACAUUUUUCACAGUGUUAUUUAAGUUCAACUCUCUUGUUUAGUCUGGCAUCAUUAGACAUUUCUGGGUCCAAGUAUUUCUUCACUUCAAAGGAAGCAGACAAGCCCUGAGGCACUACUGGGAGUAAAAAGCGUGGCUGUUCUCCGAAGUUUUGCAAUAACAUUUAACAUUCAGACAUCCAGAAGUAAGUAAGUUAGCUUGCUGACAUGUUGAUAGUUGAUAUACCAUACUCUGAUUCAAAUAUAUUUUUAAAAACACAAACAAAAAAUUAACAUGUAGACCACUGCAACAACUGUAAAGGUAAAUGAAGACAGAAAUCUGUCAUCCAGCAAUGUUUGGAGGGUUAGUGAAGUGAGGCUUCUUGACAUAUGAUCAUCUGCUACUUAUGACAAUAAAGCACAUAUAAGCAUAUCGACUAAGUGAAGAUGUAGGAUGUGGAUUCAGUUGUUCUUAUUGUACAUGUCAAAGAGAAGGCUCUGAAAAUGGACAACACUUCAGUCAAGAGAACAUCUGAAAUAAGACCAUCUAAAACAUUAUGUUACUGGAUGGUCUGGAUUUCUUACCAUGAACAAGUCCUGAAUACUUUGAAAAACAAAGGGUUUUUUCUAAUUGUAUGUGUCUUGGCCCUUCAUUCACAUGUCAGUGUUUAGAUUUUCAGACAUUUUUUUUUUUUGCAUUUAUAUAUGGACAAGAAAAACAAAGAUUUUGUCACGCAAUGUCAAAGUUGUACACCUUUUUGAUGACAAAUUGUGUUAAUGUUUGUAGGUUUCUUACUGGCUAACAUGUCUAUAAACAGGAUUAUAUCACUGCAGCAAAAGUGGAGAGAAAAAAAAAAAGAAGCAGAAAACCCCUUUUUUAAAAAUAAAAUAUGCAGAUUAAAAGCCACUUAUGCAGUGCCUUCACUUUUUCAGACUGUAUUUUUAUAUUGUCUAUGGCUGCAUAUCAAUAACUUGUAAAAAGAAAGAUCAAACUCAACGAGAAAGUUGUUUAUUUUUCUUCAAUCAUAAUUGGAAAUUUCUCCUUCACAUGUUUAUAUAUACUUUUUUUUUUUACUUUUUAAAAUGAGAAUG